UGCGACUGCAUUCAAUUUGUUUGAUCGAUCAGUCGUGUACAGCAGAUACAUGUGCUUCCUUCCGUGACAUUUUUUUUAUAAAAAGCUUAAAUACGCUCUCAUAUUGACACGUUCGUUGAAAAAUUGCGGUUAAUAAAACGACAUUUUGAAAAGAAAAAGAAAUGGCUACGGCGCAGCUUGACGACUCGAAAAAUCUCGUGCAAAGGGCCGUUAUCCCGCCCAAUUCGCAGAAAGCAGUUUCGGAGUACUUUAUAUCCAAGCAAGAGGAACGUCAGUCUAUCAAAAAAUAUCCAGAAUGGGACAAAGCGAGAACUUGCCCGGCGACCGAGGUGUUCAGGGCUCAUGAGGAAUUGGCCGAGGUCGAGGAUGUAUUAAAGGAGAAACGAGCGGAGCAGAAGAUAAGACGGAAAUGCAUGGACGAGCAGUGGGAGGAGGCGAGAAAGCAGCAAUUGCAGUUGCGGCAAUCCCUCGUAAAGUUUAAUACGCUCGUGAAGGAGAACGUCGAGAAGCGCGAGCGAGCCGAGCAGAAGAUCAAGGAGGAGCAGGAACGCCAGGAGAAGUGCAGGCGAGAAAUCGAGGAAUUGGAGCAGAAAUUACGUUACAUGAGAGACGUGCGCGUUAAAAUGCAGCAUUACGUAGGGGAGUACAGGAAAUACCAAAAUUACUUGGACAGGGUCGUGAACGAGAUGGGCGAGUUUCAGUCGAUCAACGAAAUUUUUAAUCGCUACGAAACUUUAGUCGAGGCCAGGCAAGCGUUGUCCGAUCAUCAAGACAGGAAUCUUCGGAUGCUAGAAGAGAAAGGAUCAGAAAUACACCAUUUGACGGAAGUCAAGACGCAAGAAUUGAUGGGGCUGAAUAAUAAGUUAGCGCAAUUGCAAGAGAGGUACGAUCGGGCGAAAGCGGAGGCAUUGAAAUGGGAGACGAUCGUUUCGAAGAUAAAGGAGACCGCCGCGGCGAAGAACCUGGAGCUUACGCAAGUGAAGGCGUGCUGCUGGAACAUCUAUCAGCAGAUAUGCAAGAGGAAAGAGAUACCCGUCAUGGUGAGCAGCGAGGACAUCGAGCAGCAGCUGAUUCACAUCAAGCGCACUAUCCUUGAAUUGAAGCGGAUUAUCAAGACCGUCAAGAAGAGGGUGCGGGAAGAGAAAGGUUCGCCGCAUCGCGAAUAGAGCCGCCGGUAAGUGGCAGGCGGACACGUUGUGAAGCAGCUCCGCGUAAU